GUAAUGCAAGACGGUGAAGACUUGGAGGAUCUUUCUCUCGGCGAUGUUUUCACGGAACCUCCGCGUCCACCAACACCCCCGCCAACCUUUGCAACAUGUACUCGAAACGCCUUUCCCGAUCUUAAAAUCCGCCUGGUAGGAUCGCAUCCGCUAUGGGCUCAUCAUCUAUGGAAUGCAGCAUUAGCAUUUGCAUCAUAUAUAGAUUCAAAUCCAGAGAUAGCACGCAAUCGCUGCGUACUCGAACUCGGAGCUGGUGGAGGUCUCCCAGGACUCGUUGCAGCACAGAACGGUGCUAAAAAAGUUGUACUGACAGAUUACCCGGAAGCGGUACUCAUUGAUAACUUAGAGUUCAACGCCAGUCAAAAUCUGUCUCCUGAUGAGCAGGAUCAUGUUGAGACUCAGGGAUAUAUCUGGGGCCAUCCCGUAGACAACAUAAUGCGAGCACUCCCAAAGGAUGCCUCGACAGGAUAUCACUUAAUCAUAUUAUCAGACCUAAUCUUUAAUCACUCACAGCAUGAUGCAUUAUUGAAAUCUUGCGACAUGUGCUUGACUUCUCGCUCCGCAAGCGAUGACGCUUCAAUCGUACCAUGCGUGCUGGUUUUCUACUCCCAUCAUCGACCGCAUUUGGCAGACAGGGAUCUUGAAUUUUUCCGCAAAGCUCAGGGUGCAGGCUGGGUUUGCGAGGAGAUAGUAACGCACAAAUAUCCGCCCAUGUUCCCGGAAGAUCCAGGCGAAGAGAAAGUUCGUGCUACAGUACAUGGUUGGAGGAUGACCAGGGGAGAUGCUGGCGAUUUUCCUCACUCAAUUCUGAUCUAGCAAAUCAAUAGAGUCUAUUUGGUUCCAGGUAAGUGCUACAGCACCUCUGGUCACUUGUAAGACUUCAUAUGAUGCGUGCCACAUAGUUUCGUCACACCACACAUAUA